UUCAGAUUUCUCCCCCUUUUCUUUUCUCCUUCAAUUCUUAUUCUACCCUAUCUUUUUUUUUUUUCUUAUAUAUAUCCCCUUAAAAUCGCACACGCAGAAAUUGUCUUAGCUAGGAGGAGCGUUAGCUCACGAAUAUAAUCUUACCAUGAAUACUUGGCUAGUAGUAUACUAGGGGUUCAAAUUCAAACUAUUUCAAUUAGGAGGAUCUCAACUCAACUCAUGUUUUUAUUAGGACUGUUUCAUAUUAAUACUGUUAAAGUUUGAAUUAAUUUUUACCUGUCCAACCGCUAUAUAGAUAAAAUAGGUUACCAAAACAAAAUGUUUUAAUUUGGAUGUAAAUAGUUUGUGCUUUGUAGCAUAAUCUAUGGUUUUCUGAAUUUCUUGGUAGAAGAUUAAAAAUCAGAUAUUGGUGUUAGUUUUGGAAUUUAGGAGGAGUGGAGGGAUUGAGAUUUGGAUUUGGAUCAGGUUGAGACUGCUCAGAUUUCCGGGCAUGAAUUUCAAGAGCUUUGGAAACGAGGCCGGCGGCGGCGGAGGGAGACAGGCGGGGAACUUCUCGCUGACGCGGCAGCCGUCGGUGUACUCGCUGACGUUCGACGAGUUCAUGAACAGCAUGGGAGGUUCGGGGAAGGACUUUGGGUCCAUGAACAUGGACGAGUUGCUGAAGAACAUCUGGACCGCGGAGGAGGUUCAGACAAUGGCGUCGGCGGGAGUGGCCGCCGAUGACGGCGGCGCCGGCGUCAGCCAUUUGCAGCGGCAGGGGUCGCUGACGUUGCCGCGGACCCUAAGCCAGAAGACCGUUGAUGAGGUUUGGAAGGACAUUUCGAAAGACCACGGUGGGCCCAACUUGGCCCAGACGCAGAGGGAGCCCACGCUGGGAGAGGUGACGUUGGAGGAGUUUUUGGUCAGAGCUGGUGUUGUUAGAGAAGAUGCCAAACCAAACGAAAGCGUUUUCGUAGAUCUGUCUCGCGUUGGGAAUAAUAGUGGUUUGGGGUUGGGGUUUCAGCAGAGGAACAAGGUUGCUGCUGCUACCGGUUUGAUGGGUAACCGGUUGAACAAUGAUCCGCUGGUGGGUCUUCAGCCUUCUGCUAACUUGCCUUUGAAUGUUAAUGGGGUGAGAACAUCCAAUCAGCAGCCACAGAUGCAGAGUCCACAGUCUCAGCAUCAGCAUCAGCAUCAGCAACAACAGCAGCAGAUAUUUCCUAAACAGAGUGCUAUGUCUUAUGCAGCUGCUCAGAUGCCUCAGGGAAUGGUGAGGGGUGGGGUUGUGGGGCUUGGUGAUCAGGGUUUGAGUGUGCAAGGUGGAGGGAUUGGUAUGGUUGGGUUGGCACCUGGGUCUGUUCAUGUAGCUACUGGCUCUCCUGCUGCUAACCAGCUGUCCUCUGGUGAUAGGAUUGGGAAGAGCAAUGGCGAUUCCUCGUCUGUGUCGCCGGUUCCUUAUGUCUUUAAUGGCAGUCUGCGAGGAAGGAAGAACGGGGGAGCUGUGGAGAAGGUGAUUGAGAGGAGGCAGAGAAGGAUGAUAAAGAAUAGAGAGUCAGCUGCCAGGUCGCGGGCUCGCAAACAGGCUUAUACCAUGGAAUUAGAAGCAGAAGUUGCUAAGUUAAAAGAGGAGAACCAAGAACUUCAGAAAAAACAGGCAGAAAUUAUGGAAAUUCAGAAAAAUCAAGUUAAGGAAAUGAUGAAUUUGCAACGAGAAGUGAAGAGAAGACGCCUAAGAAGAACACAAACUGGUCCGUGGUAGAGUGAAGAUUGGACUAUGAUUGCAGCGUUAAAAUAUAUGUACAUAAUUAUAAAAACUUAUUCUGUAGAUUGAGGCUGUAGUAGUUUUUAGAUUAGCACUUGAAAACUUUCACGACUUACUUCUCUUUUGGACUCAUGUUAGGGAGGGUAUCAUAGUACCAUGAGAAUAUGUUUCAGCACACGUCCAAUUUCUUGCCAUCAUUGGUUAGACAAUCUUCUUUUGCAGUAUAGCACUUUCGCUGAAUUUGAUUCGGUGAGAUUGUGUCCAAAA